AUGUAAAUUAGACAUCCCAUUUAAGUGAUAAAAAAAAAAGUUAUUAACAGGAUAGAAUAUAAAAUUAAAUGGAACACUGGAACAAUUACAUAUGAACCAAUGACAGAACUUACACCUGAAUUGCUAUAAUUAGUAAAUUAAUGGGAAUUGAUACAGCAUUCAAAUAAGAAAGAAAAAAUAAUUGAGAAAAGUGAUUAGAAAACAUUAAAAAUUACUCGUUAAUAAUAAAAGAAUAGUAUGCAAUUAGAAGAGAUUAAACCUUAACCUAAAUAACUAAUACCUCAUAGAGAGCGACUUGUAGAAAAUGGAGUUGUUAAAGAAGCAAGAAAAAUAUAAGGAAAAAUAGAAUUCUUAAUUAUGUUAAAAGAUGAACAAGAAUUAAGAUGGACUAAUCUAGAAGAAGUAAAAACUAGAAUUCCUAUUGCAUUAUGUGACUACUUACUACAAAGAAUAAAGUUUAGCGGAAAAUGA